CGACGUCUCGACAAUCGUCUUUCUUGUUCUUCCUGUCUUCUUCUGAAUGAACCUCGGGAACCUCGGAAUGUCUCUGCAGUCCAAAGUCGAAUAUCUGCGUACUUUGCCCGCGAUUCGGGAGCGAUGUGGCCGCGUUCACGAUCUCGCAAAGCAAGGCAGACUACAAUAUUUCGACUAUCACCCUGAACAGGAGGAUGCUGCAGCAGAAUACUGUCUCCAGAUUAUAAAGCGCGAUUUUGGCAAUGAUUAUAGCUCCAUACCUCCUCAUGGUCGUUGGAGACAUCUCGAUGCCGGAAUUCCACGCGUCCAACCCUUGAUUGAGAAGUGGAAUUCGUCUAACUCCCCGCCUGAUCAAAAGGAGAUCACUAAGCGACUACUUGACCUGUUUCUCGUCUCUGUACUCCUCGACGCAGGCGCCGGUAACCAGUGGGUUUAUGACGACGUUGCUUCCGGACAGAAGUUUGGAAGAUCAGAGGGACUCGGAGUUGCAAGUAUCAACAUGUUUGCGGAAGGAUUUUUCUCGGGCGACAGUCAGCAGCCGUACAAGGUGAACGCUGCUGGAUUGGAAAAGGUCACGGUCGAGCGCACUACACAGGCGAUGCAAGCAUCCGACAGCAAUCCGAUGGCUGGUUUAGAAGGCCGCACUUCUCUGCUUCAGAACUUGAGCGAAGCGCUCAGAAAAAGUCCGGAAUUUUUCGGGGAGGAGGGCCGACCUGGAAAUCUGCUUGACUUCUUGGAGACACAAUCCGUAGCGGCUGAAGGCGGAGUCCGCCGUGUACCUGCAGCUGCUCUAUGGUACGCCCUCAUCGUAGGGUUAGCUCCAAUCUGGCCUACCGACCGUACGACUUUGGGUGGUGUACCGCUCGGAGACGUUUGGCCAUGUGAGGUUUUGCGUGCAAGUGCAAAGGAAGAGGGGGAUGAGCUCGUCCCCUUCCACAAAUUGACAGGCUGGACGACCUAUAGUCUGGUGGAGCCAAUCGAGAAGGUUUUAGGUUGGAAGUUUGAGGGGUUGGAGGACCUUACGGGCCUGCCUGAGUACCGCAACGGUGGCCUUCUGCUUGACCUUGGAGUGCUCUCACUCAAACCCUCGGCCAUCCCGCGGUCGUUCUUCCCUCCCUCAUCCACGAUCCCCCGCAUCCCUCCUUCCCACCCAGCCAUCAUUGAGUGGCGUGCCAUGACUGUCAUCGAGCUCGAUCGUCUUGCAGACUUGAUUCGAUCCAAACUCGGUUUGUCCAAGGAACAACUUUCACUCGCGCAGGUCCUAGAGAGUGCAACUUGGAAGGGUGGCCGAGAGAUCGCCAAGGAGAAACGCCCUCUAACCAGCGGCCCGCCGAUCGAUAUUCAAAGCGAUGGUACUGUGUUUUAAGUCGAGCAGAAAAGAUCUGUCCGUAUAUAGUUUGUUAAAACUGUGCCGUAACUUAUUGUUUCAUAAACAAUGUAGCCUUAGGUCGAGCAGCUAGAAUAGGGGUUUUUUGGGGGUUUGGGCUUAGGAUUAGUAGGGACCAGUGCUGUCGAUUUAUGUUCAUACAGAUACUACAUUUUGCGCAUCAUAC